AUGGCAGUAGAAAAUAAAAAAUUCAAAUUUACUUAUGAUUGGUUUAGUUAUAACAUUCAUAGUUGGAAAAAACAUUUAUUCCAACUUAAGAAUGAAAAAAUUAAUGUUCUCGAAAUUGGAGCUUUUGAAGGAAGAGCAACGGUUUGGAUUUUAGAAGAAUUGUUUAAAAAUCCUGAAUCAAAAUUGAUUUCGAUCGAUCCAUUUGAUGAUGUUCUUGUAGAUGAUAAAGUAAACGUUAAAAGUUAUGAAACAACAUUUUAUGAAAAUAUCAAAAUGACUGGCAAAGAGAAACAAAUUGAGGUUAUGAAGAGUACUUCUUUUGAAGCACUUACCAAAUUAAACCAUGAAUCAAAGAUUAAAUUUGAUUUUAUUUACAUUGAUGGUUGUCAUGUUGCUUCUAAUGUAUUGGCGGAUGCUGUAUUAGCAUGGAAUCUUUUAAAGGAUG